AUGGGGCAGCUGCUCUUGCUGCUGGUGGCAAGGUCCGCGGCCAAGCCAUGGGAUCAAGCGAUCAAAGCAGCUGUGGAUGAGGUCGCAGCGGCGGCUGAUACAUCCAGUUUCGGCUUGGCAGAAACACAUGAAAGGUUUUUGCCGCCCGUCGCCAUUUCGCUUGGUCCUCUACCCCCGAGAGCGCCGCCUGUGGCGGAUGCAUCGUCCGCCCGUGCUGCCAUCGUUGCCGCUGCGCAGAGUGCUAUGCAGGAAGUCGAAGAUGCGCCGUGGAACGUGGGCGAACAGCGGGACUGCAAGGGCGACAAGUGCUGGGAGAAGUCGGACAUGUCUUCCGACCAAAGAAGUACGUCCCUUUCAGCAGAAGUGGCCGCACUAGUUCACGCUGCAAAGGUGAAUCAAGCGAUAGAGAACGUCCAAGAAGCAAGUAAAGAAGGACUUGAUCAAACACAAGCACAAAAUAAGCGGGAGGCUCCAAAAGAAGCCUCUUCGUCGGAAUUUGAUCAAAGUGCUCUCCGGAGUUCCCAUCGAGAAGUGGAAGGUCUUCCGGAAGGUCUUCAACGCUGGCAGAUCUACCUGAGACAAGCUGCGCAGAGGCUUCGGAGCCUGGAAAUGAUGGAAGUGACGAAAGCGUCGAAAGCUGUUGCUUCAGCAGCUUCGAACGAAUCUCAUGAAUCUCAAGCUGCAGCUUCUUCCGAAUUUGAACGACCCCGUGCAGUAGACCCCGUGGAAGAAUAUCACAUGCUCUACGAAGCGGUGAAUCAAGUGAUCGCCGGCCUGCAGCUGGCUGUGGCGUCGGCUGCGACUCCGGAGGUGUUCGCGGAGGUGGCGUCCUUGUUGGUGACGUUGGCCGAACAGUCUCGUGGAACGGCGUUUGAACACGAGGAUUUCUGGUCGCAAGCCUUGGCCGCUGUGGCCUUGGGCUGCCGCAUGAGUCGUGGCUUUGGUGAGCCCCAAGACCAGGACUGGAUGUGUGAUGUGGUGCAACAACAGAAUUGGCUGGAGACACAUGAGAAUCGAUCUGGCAAAGGAACGUUGGGUGGCGGAAAGACACAACUUCACAAGGUUUGGAAUAGCGUUCGGAAUGCAACAGCGUUUCUUCGAUCAAGCGAGCUUCGUUCGCACAUGCAGACAUGGCGACGGUAUUGGGAGCAAGGUGCCACAGCGCCGAAGGCCUUGUGGCGCUCCACCGUGGGCUCCCCACAUCGCGACUCCUUCAACCCUUCCGAUGAUUUGGAGAAUUCGAACACUGCUAGCGAUGGCCUCCCGAAAAAGAAGAUGUGGCAAGUGUUUCCCACGUUCAUUAUGGCAAAGGAAAUUGAACUGUCACAGCCGUCUGGCCGAUCCCAGCCUGGAUCGGGAUGCGAGCCUUGUCGCCAUCUCACAUCCAUUGUCUUGAAGAAAUACCGCACCUUCAAAGCGGGCUUUGGGCAGCUUCAAGAUGUGGAAAUCAACAAUGCAUUCUUCAAUUGGCAGUUGACCCAUGGGGUCGAACAAGAACAAGGGCAAGAACUAUGGCCUGAACUCUAUGGCGAUCCAACCUUUAGAGAACUUAAAUGGCGGGUGAUGCUAAAUUGCAAAGAAUAUCUUCAAGAAGUCUAUGCAGAAACUUCCGUUUCGGCAGACUUGGAAGAUCUCGAAUUAUCGAUUUGGGCUUCCGUUACAGCCCCACUGACCGCUGGGGAGACGAUGGGCCUUGCCUUUCAUGAUCAUCCUUUGGCAUUACUCUCUGGUGUUUUCUACGCAGAUGCAGGUGGAGAUGGUGCCAAAUCCACGUCGAAAUCGACGCCCACGGUGUUUGCGGAUCCUCGUGGCACGACGCCUUUCCGCUAUGCCAGUGGAGUUGGAGGAAGGCUUGAGCCGACCGCGCCCUUUCAUCGGUUGGCCUAUUUUGAUGCGAAAACCGGGCUCAGCUUGAUUUUCCCAUCUUGGCUGGUGCACGGUGUGGCGCCACAUCAUGGAGUGCGCCAUCGGGUGGUCUUCGCCUACAACUUGCACACCUCGCCAGGCACCACUCUCUCCAGCUGGACAAAGACCACCCUGUGA